AUGUCGGAGAAGGAAGAGCGGCCGUCACUCCGGCCGGUUGCAUUCGCCGCGGUCGUCUUCUCGACCGUUGCACUAACAAGUUGUCUCCUCACUUUUCCAAUGAUACUACAUUAUGUGCAGACCCUCGAAUCUCAAGUACAACUCGAUCUGGAGUACUGCCAGGCUCGUGCACGAGACAUGUGGAAGGAAAUGCUGAACAUUGAGACUGGUGGCAAACGCGAUGUGGCGAAAUUGGCCGACAUUGUGAUGACUCACAGAAGACUGGAGAAA